GAGUCGGCGCGGUCCGCACCGAGCCCGGCGGUGCCGCGUAGCGCAGCGGCAGCGGAGCGGGAGCCCGACGGCGCGGCCGCAAGGUCACCGCGCGCCAUGGAGGCCAAGGUCCGCCAGAGCCGGCGCUCGCGCGCGCAGCGGGACCGCGGCCGGCGCCGGGAGGCGGCCCGCGACGCCCGCGACCAGAGCGCGUCGUCGGGGGACGAACCCGAGCCCGGGCCCGGCAAGGAGAACACGGGCCUGCCCCGCGCGCCCCCGCCCCGCGCCGCCGCCGCGCGCCCCCCGCGCCGCCGCCGCCGCGAGUCCAGCUCGCAGGAGGAAGAGGUCAUCGAUGGCUUCGCCAUCGCCAGCUUCAGCACGCUGGAGGCCUUGGAGAAGGACAUGGCCCUGAAGCCACACGAGCGGAAGGAGAAGUGGGAACGUCGCCUUGUCAAGAAGCCCCGUGAAUCAGAAAACUGCCCGACUGCAGAGCCUGGUGAGAACGGGCGGCCCCUGGAGGCAGGCAGCUCCGAGCAGGACCUGGAGCCCACCUGCGACCGAGGGGAGAAGAAGGCCCCGCUGCAGCCCACCAAGCAGGUGUGCUCCCCAGAAGGGGGGCCGCUCCCAGCCAACCACUGGGACCAGAACGGCCCGGCCCAGCGCCAGCAGCAGCUCCAGCCCAGCCAGCCCCAGGGGUCACUCCCAGCCCCGUGUCAGCGCUGCCAGCCCCGUCGGGCUCUCCCGGACCCUGGGCAGCCCUUCCAGCCCCAGCGGCCACUCCCGGGUCAGCGCAGCUGGCCCCAGCGGUCACUUCUGGGCCCAAGACAGCCCAGCCAGCCCCGGCGGUCACUUCUGGGUCCAGGUCAGCCCUGCCGGCCCCAGCAGCUGCUUCCAGCCCCAGAUCAGCCCUGCCGGCCCCAGCGGUCACUCCCGGCUCAGCCCCGCCAGCCGCGUUGGGCACUCCUAGCCCCCAGGCAGCGCUGCCGGCGCCUGCGCUCCCUCCUGGCCCCGUGGCAGCGCUGCCGGCCCCUGCGGUCCCUCCUGGCCCCGUGUCACCUCUGUCGACCCCUGCGGUCCAUCCUGGCCCCGUGGCACCGCUGCCGGCCCCUGCGGUCUGUCCUGGCCCCGUGCCACCUCUGUCGGUCCCUGCUGGCCCUCUGGCACCGCUGCUGGCCCACGCGGUCGUGGAUGGGCCCGUGUCUCCGUGGCCAGCCCAGCAGGGCAUCCUCAGGACAGCGGUGCCGGCCCCCACAGUCACUCCUCGUGCUGCGCCCACGUCGCCGGCCCGCCAGCUCACUCUCGGGCCAGUGCUGCUGCCCCCGGCGGCUGUCCCUAGCCCCAUGCCAGCCCCGAAGGUCCCUCCUGGGCCAGCCCAGCCGCCCCCGGCGGUCCCUCCUGGGCCUCAGUCAGCCCCAGCAAUUAGUCGAAACCCCAGAGCAGCCUGGCCCCCCCAAGCCUUCACUGCUGGGCCCUGGACAGCCGUGCCAACAAAAGCGGCCACUCAUGGACCCAGAACAGCCUCACCCGCCCAAGCGGCCACUCUUGGGCCCAGAACAGCCGUGCCGACGAAAGCGGCCACUUCUGGGCCCGAAACAGCCCUGCCAGCCCCUGCGGUCACUUCUGGGUCCGAGCCAGCCCUGCCAGCCCCAGCCGUUACUCCCUAUACCUGAGCGCCCGUCACUCCUGGGCCGGCCAACCCCGCCCCGCCGGCCUCUCCUGGGGCCCCCGAGCCAGCCACGGCAGUCCCUGCUGGACCUGGUCCGGGCCCAUCAGCCCCAGCUCUCCCUCCUGGCCCCAGGCCAACCCUGCCGGCCCCUGAGGUCACGACGGACUCGAUCCUGCACCCCUGCAGUGGCCCGCCAGGCCCCAUCUGUGAGCCCUGGAGCCUGACGCCCGUUUUCCCAGACCACCCCAGGUGUGGCUGUGCUGGGCCGGGCCAAGGCCCCCUCAGCCUGUGGCCCGAGAUGUGUUGUCAGACUGGCCGGAGGCCUUCUCCGGACAGGCCGGGCCGUUUGCGGCUGGAGGCUGAGGCUCAGCAGAGACGGGAGCCCCUGCAGGGCCACCGAGCCGAGGCCCCCCACGCCGGGAAGAGAGGAGAGGACCACAGCGCCUUCCCACCUCCCGCCAGGCUGGCCCCCGCCGUGCCCGCUGCUCUGUGACGUGCACGCGCCCGGGAGAGGGCACACAGCCACCCCCAAGGCUCAGGCUUGUGGGCUGGGGGGUCCUUUAGCAUCUCUCUGUGCCUCUAAAGUGCCCACCUGUCCUUGGAUGUUGGACUUCCACGCCCGGGUGUGCUGCCCAGCCAGUGUGUGAGUUUGUGUGCGCAUAUACACGGCGUGUGCUCUGCAAGUGUCUGCCUGUGCGUGGAGCGUGUGCGUGUGUGAUUUUGGGGGGCGUGCCAGCUGUAGGCCUUGCCCUCCUUGGGCCCCACCCCAUCUGGCCAGUGUGCAUUCCCGUCCCCCACCAGGCAGAAUGUGGGCACAACCAGAGCCAGGCCUGAGGUCCUGCUGCUUCCCUCUGCAAAGGGUGAUGUUUGCCCAGCUCUAGAGUCCUGUGACUGUGGAGAGGGGACGCGAGGGAUGCUCAGGGCUGUCUGUGGUUGAGUAGCAAUUACUGGUGAGACAAGAGGCUCCCCCUCAGGACUCUUCUUCCACCCCAGUGACUGAGCACUGAAGCCGGGGGCAGUCUCCUGUCCACCCCCCCAGCUUUGGACCAAGAAAGCCUGCAGGGCCUGAGGCCAUUCCCAGAAUGUCCCCUCCCAGCAUCCCACUCGUCCCCUACAGCUUUCCGGCUCCGGGCCCCCUAGGACGUCCCUGGUCAGGACAGACCUCACACUACAAACCUUUCUCUGCUUCCCCCCCACUCCCACCCGACCCGCACUUGCGCUCAAGGGCCACCACCCCUUGCCCCUGACCUCUGGCUCAGGGCAGCCCCGCACUAGUGCUCCUGGAGUCCUGGGCACAAGGUGGGAGAGCAGCGUCGGCCACCAGGGGUGCCCUGGCCAGGCUCCCACGCAGUGCUCUGUGCGCCCAGUCUCACCCGGCUGUGACAGCCACCUCUAAUACCGACCCGGUUCAUGGAGGCCACGGAGGUGCCCCCCGGUUUCCAGACCCGAGCCUUCCUCCCUGCUUGGUCAUGAGGACCCUGGCCCUCGGGGGGUCCUGACACCCAGAGCAGAGCCUACAGAUACCUGGUCUCCCUCCCAGAAACAUGGGGCUUAUUUUUCUGAUUAAAGAAAAUAAAAAGUGCUGUGCCAUUAUUUUUAUAACAGCAUCAGUGUUUGUAAUUUAACAAAGU